AUGGACAAAGCUAUUGUAAAGGGCCUUAAUGAUAAAUUGUACGAAAAACGGAAAGCUACGGCGUUGAACUUGGAGAAGUUGGUCAAGGAAUGUUUAGCGGAAGAGGAUUAUGACAGAGUGGACAAUAUUUUGGAUGAAUUGUGUCGUGAUUUUGCGUAUGCGCUGCACCAGCCAAUGGCCAGAAACGCAGGUUUAAUGGGCCUUGCAGCCUGUGCAAUUGCAUUGGGCUCAACCGAGGUAGCACGAUACUUGGACCGUAUUUUACCACCCGUUUUAGCUUGUUUUGGUGACCAAAAUGACCAGGUGCGGUUUUACGCUUGUGAGAGUUUAUAUAACAUCGCGAAGAUCGCAAAAGGCGAGAUUCUGGUGUAUUUCAACGAGAUUUUCGACGUGCUUUGCAAAAUCAGUGCAGACACGGAAACGUCUGUCAGAGGAGCGGCUGAGCUUUUGGACCGUCUUGUCAAGGAUGUUGUGGCGGAAAGAGCCUCGACUUACAUCAGCAUCAUCAACCUUGAUCCCAAAGAUCUUCCACCCUCAACUCGUACAGAUCCUCAGACUGGCGAAGUUUUGCGCGAAGAGUACAAACAAGAACCGGAGCAUGCGUUCUCAUUGCCCAAAUUUAUUCCUCUUUUGACCGAACGGAUAUACGCCAUCAAUCCAGACACACGUAUGUUCCUCGUUUCAUGGCUACAAGUGCUCGAAAAUAUCCCAGACUUGGAACUGAUAUCGUACCUGCCAUCUUUUCUAGGGGGACUUUUCACUUUUCUCGGUGAUUCUCACAAGGACGUUAGAACUGUGACGCAUUCGCUCAUAGAUUUGCUGCUACAUGAAACGCAACGUAUCUCCGAGGUUAAAGCCAUCGUACAAAAAAGAGUAGCCGAUAAGGCACAGCAACGCAUAAAUUCCGAUGAGGCAUCGUCUAUCAAGAAACAAGACGGUACGUUGAUAAGUGAAAGAAAAAAAUCACUGCUUACUGCCUUUGAACAACUGAGUAUGGUAAAAAACCUAAGUCCAAGUAAGAGCAGGGUUUCUUCAAGCAACGAUGAAAACAAAUUUAGCGAAGGUACUGCCGUUAUACAGGGUGAAGAUUGUGAAAAGGCCAUCACCAAUUUCGUAGAAGGAUCGGAGUCUUUGGACCUAGUCAACGGGGACAUUUACUCGCCUGGUGAGGACGUUCACCUAGAUUUCCACAGAAUAAUCGAGAUUUUGAUCAAUACAUUGGGAUCCUCAGAACCGGAGAUUCAAUUGGUGGUCUUGACCUGGAUUGAAACAAUUUUAGACAUAUGCCCUUCGGCCUUUUUGCCCUUUUUGUCGAAGCUGCUUUCAUUACUUUUGAAGAUUUUGAACGACGUUGAACCAAGAGUUAGGCAGUUGGCUCAAAAGGUGAAUGGAAAGCUUAUCGAUCUAACCGCUAAAUUCGAUUACAACGAUGGCCCGGAGGCGAUUAACUACGGUCCUAUUGUCAACACAUUAACCUUACAUUUCUUGGACAGUGAUGUGGUUGCCAAAGUCGCUUGUCUGGAUUGGCUUAUUUUGAUCUAUCAGAAGGUUCCCAAUCAGUUACUUGAGCACAGUGAUACAACCUUUUUUACUUUACUGAAAUCGCUUUCAGAUAGGGACAAUCAGCUGGUAUCCAAAGCGCUGCAUCUGCUCAGUGAUCUCUGUAACAGUUCCAAUGAGGGAUACUUCAGAAAAUUUGUCAAGGAUCUACUUUUACUCUUUAAAAGCGAUAGCAGGCUUCUGAAAACCAGAGCCAACCAUAUCUUCAGGCAGCUCGGUAUAAAACUUUCGGCUGAGAGGGUUUACAAUGUGGUCUCAUCUAUCUUAGAGGAAGAAAACGAUCUUUUAUUUGUUAGAAUGAUGAUUCAAAUCCUGAACACCAAUCUCAUUACAGCACCUGAGCUUGAAAGGCUGCGAAGAAAAUUGAAAGCCGGUACCAAUAAUGAGUUUUUUUCUUCUCUUUUCAAAUGCUGGUCUCAUAACCCCACGUCACUGCUGGCUUUAUGUCUUCUUGCAGGCAAGUAUGAGCUCGCCUAUUAUAUCCUGCAAACUUUUGUCGAGUAUGAGCUGUCCGUGAAUGAUCUUGUUCAAAUCGAUAUACUUGUUCAGUUAUUGGAAUCACCGGUUUUCACCAGUUUGAGGCUACAAUUGCUGGAGCAAGAACGGUAUCCAUACCUUUACAAAUGCUUGUAUGGUAUACUAAUGGUUUUACCUCAAUCGAAGGCAUUCAAAAUACUCAACACUCGGCUUGGUAGUGUCAGUACGUUAGCAGCGCGUAAAAUACCACCCAGUCCAUUCUAUAAGCCAAAGGAUGGAAAUAAUAGUGGCGGCGAGUAUUCGUCCACAGAAUCGGUCAAUUCAACAGCUUCCCUUCAAAAUCAACGAAUCAGGUUUCAAGGCCUACUAGAGCACUUCAAAGCCGUUUGUGAGGCCGAAUUAAGCUUUCCAAAGGACACUGCGGUCGAAGAUUCACGGUUUGCUUUGUGGGACCCUGUCUUGACCCAAGACUCCUUGUCCAUCAAUAACGGUCAGCCGGUGGACGGACCCGAAGACGAAAACGACACAGGAUCUGUUAUACACCGAGGGUAG